AUGACCCGAGGCUUCGCUCCCGUCCUGCCUGUCGAGUUCCAUAAGAUGGGCUCUUUCCGCAGGCCUCGACCGCGCUUUAUGAGCUCCCCAGUGCUCAGCGACCUGCCCCGAUUCCAGGCCACCCGGCAGGCUCUGCAGCUGAGCUCCAACUCAGCCUGGAACAGCGUCCAGACUGCUGUGAUCAACGUCUUCAAAGGGGGCGGCUUACAAAGCAAUGAGCUUUACGCACUGAACGAAAACAUCAG